AUGGCCGAAGCAAAUUCUGCAAAAAAACCCACCCUAACCGACCAGGAGCGAGAUCUGGAACAGCAAGCAUUUAUUGAGUUUCAAAAAGCUGACUACCAUGCAUGUUAUCAAACACUGCAAAAGCUGCUGAAAACGCAAGACUCCAACCUGAAAGUGCUGCACAACAAAGCAGUGGUAGAGUUCUACAACAGUGAUCUUCGCCGGUACGAUCAAUUCCGUUCGGCCAUGAUCCAGUUGACCGGGCUGGUAGGUGAGAUACGUACGGUGGAAGUAAAGGAUCGCGAAUCUUGUGCCGCCUACGUGAAUCAAGCCAUCGUCCUGUACCAUUUCAAGCAACCACAAGCAGCACUCAAGAUAAUGCUGGCCGUUAUGUCCCAUUUUGAUCGGUUGGAUGAUUAUCUGCUGCGACGUGCCGGUAUCUUUACCGUCCAUCUGCUGCUCGACACAAACCAACCGAAAAAGGCUAAUCGAUUGCUCGGAAUGCUACAGAACCGGUUGGGCAUACAGGUGUACGCUAUUCUAAGCGAUUCGGAUGAAGAUGAACCGUUGAUAGACAAUGAAAGCCGUAAGGAUAUAUCCGAGCUACAGUUUGAAGAGUUCCGGAAAGAAUUUCGCUUGAUCCUGAUCCGUUCUAAUUUGCUUAAUGGCAAGAAGAACAUGUCGAUCCCACUGGAAGACACUUCCGAGUACUCUAUUCUUAAAGGACAUCAGUAUUUUUUGGGCAACGAUUAUCAAAUGGCAGCGAAGGAAUUGUCGAAACAAUUCACCAACGAACCGGUCAGUGUGAACAAGCACGGAGAGGAUCAGAACACCAUUCUGGCGAACAAUAUGGGCGUGAUACACUUUUCGGUGAAACAUUACGCGCUUGCGGCACGCUUCUUUCAACAAGCCCUGCUGUUCGACAAGUCAGCCACGGAAGACACAUCCACGGAGAAGGUUGAAGGUUCACCACUGUACUGUGUCGGUGCAACGAAGCGACCGGAAAUCCUCUACAACCAUGGUCUUGCUUUGCUCCAUCUUCAACGUCCCAAGGAAGCGUUCGAAUGUAUGCUGAUUGUCCUUAACUCGAAUCACAACAAUCCCCGGCUUUGGCUACGUUUGGCCGAAUGCUGCAUUAUGGUCCACCGGCAAGAGAAACAAACGCAAAACACCAACAUUUGCCACGGUACGGUCGGUAGUGGGGUACAUCGGAAGUACGUUCUAAAUCCGGUACCUAAAACGGCCGUCGUCGAUGGUGAUCAAUCGCUAGCCAUUCCGGCUACAACGCUCGAGUUUGGAUCGUUGUGUUUGCGCAAUGCAGUCACAUUAUUAGAAUUUCACGAACCGGAACUAAUCCGGCAAUCGGAAAGCACCGAUAAAACGGUACCGUGGGACAAGCUAUUCGAAGGUGUACCAUGCAAUCCUUCCUUGCCGAUGAAGUUGGCCUCGUUCAAUAAGCUCAAGUGUGCCGUUUUGGCCGCAUACAGCUAUGUGCUAAAUACUCUUGGAGAGUAUACCUUGGCACUGAAGCAUGCGAAACAGCUGUUGGCAAUGAAAGAUUUACCGCAAUCGUACUUAUUACUGUCACACAUGUACGCAGCGGAAGCAUUAAUUAUGAUGAACCGACCACUGGAAGCGAUCACCUACUUGGAGCCCAAAUUUAUCACCGACCUGUCCGGUGAUGAUUUCGGUAUGCGAGCAUCACCCCACUGGAACAUCAAUUCGGCCGAGGCUGCCCGUUGCGUGAUGCACUACAAUCGAGCGGUGGUAUCGUUUCUGAUAGGAGAUUAUGAGCAGGCCAAAAUAUCGAUGGCUAGCUGCAAUCAUCCACUAGUAAUGCCGUACUUAAAGAUGCUUAACGUCUACCAGGAACUCUUGUUAGGAAAUUACGACAAAGUACAGCUGCUGAUACGGUACGAUACGCCACAUUUGAUUUAAAGUAUUGUAAGUA